UAGAAGGUCAUAUACGAUACAAACGUUCGAAAUACUCACGCUCGCAUUUUGCGCCGAAAGUUAACGCUGAAGUUGGUUUCACUGUCGUCUAUUUUAGUUGGGUCAGCUUGCGAGACGGUGAUGCAGUUGUUUUUAAACCAUCACUAAUCAGUAACAGUGUUUGACUGUAUUUGUCAAAAAACACAGAAAUGGGUCCACCAGUCGAAACCCAUGACGCCCGCGAUGGGAGCAGUGUCACAGUUGUGAUCAAUGGAAAAAAAUACAACGUACCAACAACGUAUUCCGACGUCUCCCUGAAUGAUUACUUGCGGGAUCACCUCGGGCUAACUGGAACCAAGGUCAUGUGCAGAGAAGGAGGAUGCGGAGUGUGCAUUGUGCAUGCCGCAUAUCCCGAUACUGCCGGCAGCGGACAAAUUGUGCAGCGCUCAAUUAAUUCCUGCCUGUGUCCCAUUCUCUCUUGCGAUGGUUGGGAAAUCACCACAGUUGAGGGCAUUGGAGAUCAAAAUAAGCCUCAUGUUAUUCAAUCGCGCCUCACGGAACAUUAUGGAACACAGUGUGGCUACUGUACAUCCGGUUGGGUUAUGACUAUGUACAGCCUUGUACAGAAUGCGCCGGAAGGCCAGUUAACGAAACAGCUGGUUGAAAAUGGUUUUGAUGGAAACAUAUGCCGUUGCACCGGUUAUCGUCCCAUUUUGGAUGCCUUCAAAUCUUUCGCAAAGUCUGACAGUGACGAAGACGCCAAAAACUGUUUGGAUAUUGAAGAUCAUAGAACACCACCUUGCGUAAAAUCGCGCCACUGCCCCGGACGCUGCGGUAACGGUCACCAGACCCAGGUGGAAGUUUGUUCUUUACCGAAGACCAUAACGGAAAAUGCUUUCCCAUGGUAUAAACCGACUUCACUCAACGAAGCUUACCAGCUUAUUAAAACGAACCCGGGAACGAGUUUUUACUACGUCGUGGGUCACACCGGCAUUGGUGUUUAUGACGAUCCGUUCUAUACAGCCUAUAUGGACAUGAAAGGCAUUAAGGAUUUGUACAAAGUGGACAAGACGGACAAUCUCGUUAGCAUCGGAGCUAAUCUGCCAUUGCGAGAUGUCAUCGAAGUGUUUCGUAAAUACCGCGACGCACCCGGUUUUCAACAUCUUCCGGCAUUAGCCGAAAUUAUCAGCAAAACGGCGCAUGUAUCAGUGAGAAAUGUUGGAUCAUGGGGUGGCAAUUUGGCUAUGAUUCAUGCGGAUGCAACAGAAACAUUUCUAACCGGCAAAAACAUCGCCGAUGCAGCCAUCUUACAACAAGCCUUGAAAACACUAGCGAAUGAAAUUAAACCAGUCGAUGUGCCGGCAGAAGCCAGUCCCAAAUACAAAACCUCUCUCAGUUGUUGUUUGUUUUACAAGUUUGUUCUGGAAAUUGUGGGCGACUAUGCCGAUCCAGUCUUUCGUUCCGCCGUUGGGAAUAUUGCACGUCCCCUUUCAUCCGGUACCCAAGCAUUCGACACAAAACAGGAGGAAUGGCCGUUGACUCAACCCAUUCCCAAGAUAGAGUCCCUAGCGCAGUGUACCGGUGAAGCCAAGUACAUCAGUGACGCUUUUGGAAGUCAUAUUCUCCAUGCCGCUUUUGUAUUGACAACAACAGCCAAUGCCACUAUUUUUCGCGUGGACACAGCGUCUGCCUUGGCACUGUCCGGCGUUCGGCAAGUUUUCACAGCCGCGGAUAUUCCUGGCAAAAAUAACGUCAGCCCACCCGCAACUCUGGGGCCCACCGAUCCAGAAGAACUGUUUGCCUCCAAACAGAGUUCCUAUGCGGGACAACCAGUGGCGCUGGUGGUUGCAGAUACUAAAGCGGUAGCGGAAGCGGGAGCAAAGUUGGUCAAGGUCACCUACAGCAACGUGAAAACCCCCAUCCUUUCCUGUCAAGACGCCAUAAGCCAGAAAUCAUUUCAUGGUCAAAUGCAAAGCAUCAUAGUAGGCGAUCCGGAUAAAGCGCUAGCGCAGGCGCCGAAUAAGAUCAAUGGCGAACUGGAGAUUGGUGCUCAAGCACAUUAUCACAUGGAAACCAUGGUUUCGGUAGCUUAUCCAGAAGAAGACGGUGUCAGCUUGGACGUUGGUACGCAAUGGAUUGAUGGUGUGCAAACCGCCGUAUCACAAUGCUUAGCGAUUAAAAAGCAUAAGGUUAAUAUUUCCGUCAAGCGAUGUGGAGGAGGAUUCGGCGCCAAAAUUUUCCGCACUAACCAUAUAUCGGCUGCUACAGCGGUUGCGGCGUUUUUGCUGAAGAAACCUGUCAAGAUGCAUAUGAGCCUCUGGGAUAAUUCCCGAACUAUCGGAAAAAGAUUUCCGUAUUACGGAAAAUAUCAAGUUGGUUUCGAUAAAACGGGGAAAUUGCUAAGCGUUAUUUGUGAUGUAUACAGCAAUACCGGCGCUUUUAAUGCCGGAGCUGCAAUCGGGGGAUGGAAAGCGAGAGGAGAUAAUGCUUAUUUCUGCUCCGCAUGGAAGUUCAACCUUUUUAACUGCAAAACGAAUGUUGCGCCGAACACCGCAUGUCGAGCUCCAGGGAGUACGGAAGCAAUAUAUUUUAUCGAAUAUAUGAUGGAGCAUAUAUCGAAAGUGCUACAAAAGCCAUCCAUCGAAGUGAAAAUGCUGAAUUUCGUGAAAAAUGGCGAUAAGCUGUUGGACGGUUCCACAAUUAAAGACUGCAACAUAAAAGCUAUUACGGAGCAGCUCUUGCAGACAUCGUCAUACAGUGAACGUUUAAAUACUGUUAAGCAAUUUAAUAAGGAGAACCGCUGGCGGAAACGAGGAAUUAACGUGGUUCCCAUGCGUUACUCGUGCUCUUGGGCACGUCGACAGAUCAAUUGUCUGCUAGCUGUGUACCACGGGGACGGUACAGUUGCAGUAACGCACGGCGGAGUGGAAAUUGGACAAGGCAUAAACACUAAAGUGGCGCAAGUUGUUGCUUACGAGCUCGGCAUCGAUAUGAAGUAUAUCGCGAUUAAGGCUAAUGCAUCCCUUACGGACGCCAACGGAACACCGACUGGCGGCAGCAUUACAAGCGAGAUAGCCUGCAUGGCUGCGAUUAGUUGCUGCGAUCAACUAAAAGCUUUGAUGAAGCCGGUAAAAGAUUCUAUGAAGUCUCCAACUUGGGAACAGCUGGUGGAAGAGUGCAACUCCCGGGGAGUCGACCUGACCGCCCGAGCACUGGCUGCUCCUCAUCCGCCUGGACCGACAGUUUACAACACCUACGGAGCUAUGUGUACGGAAGUGGAACUGGAUGGUUUAACCGGCCAAUAUCAAAUUAACCGCCUUGAUGUGCUUUAUGAUUGUGGUGAAAGCAUGUCGCCAUUGAUAGACGUUGGUCAAAUCGAAGGCGCGGUCAUUAUGGGACUAGGCUACUUCACUUCGGAAGAGAUUAUCUUUGACAAGAAAACUGGGAGCAAUCUGACCUUUGGCACAUGGAAAUACAAACCUCCAACGACAAAAGAUAUUCCUGUGGACUUCCGGAUCACCAUGUUGAAAAACGCUCCAAACCCUAGUGGUGUUUUACGGAGCAAAAUUGUUGCGGAGCCGCCACUGUGUAUGUCGGCAUCUGUCGUGUUUGCUCUGCAAAACGCUAUAUUCGCUCAUCUGAAUGAAACUCAAAAGGACGACUGGUUCCGCAUUGAUGCUCCUGUUACUGUUGAAAGAACACAGCAGUACUGCAGGAUUGAGAACGAACAAAUGCUACUUAAAAAAUAACCGCUUUCACCUAAUUAAGCAGUGCGGAAUCACACCUAACACCAUGUUCAACGCAAAUUGUUUGUGCUUUACCUUGUAUUUUGAUAUUUAUUACCAUUAGGCGCAUCAGUGCUUCCUUCCUUGUAACAUUUCGGUUGCGUCCUAGUGGCGACCUAGAGAUACAUAUUUUGUGUAACUUUUUCAUUCCGUACUGCUGUAUCUCACGAAGUUCCCAUUGGCCUGCAUGAUCAUCCUUAAUAACUUCAUAUUGUUGGGAUGCAGCAUAACGAGCUUGCAUGCAAAUUAUUUUCGAAGGUUAACUGGAUUAUUUAUUUAUUUUUG